AUGACUGGACUUGAUGUAUCAAAAGAAGAAAUUAUGGAGGCUGCUGUUCUGGUAACAGAUGGGGACUUGAACAUUGUUGCUGAGGGACCCAACCUUAUCCUAAAAGUGGACUCUUCUGUGUUGGACAACAUGGGGGAAUGGUGCAAAAAUCAGCAUGGCGAGAGUGGACUGACCGCCAAAUGCCGAGCCAGUGACGUGACUCUAAGUUCUGCACAAGAGCAGAUGCUGGAAUUUGUUAAGGAGCACACACAAGCUGGCACAGCCCCGCUGGCAGGUAACAGCGUCGGCGCGGACAAGAAGUUCCUGGAGAAAUACAUGCCCGAGUUUCUGGCCCACCUCCACUACCGCGUUGUCGAUGUCUCUACCGUUAAGGAGCUAUGCCGGCGCUGGUAUCCUGAAGCGUUCAGCGCGGCCCCUGAGAAGGCCGUGUCGCACCGCGCGCUGGAGGACAUACGAGAGAGCGUCAAGGAGCUCGCUUACUACCGCUCUGCCAUCUUCAAAUAAUAUCUUAUUAAUAAAAUACUUACAUGGAA